AGACUUUUUACAAGGACUCGUUCAAAGGAGGAUUUCAAGGAGAAACUUUAACCUAAUUUCAAAUCACAAAGGCUGCUUCACAACAAUUCAGAAUGAUGAAUAAAACUUACCCCAAGGAUAGAGAAUUUGACAACAGUUCAUUUGAUUCUUCAGAGACUAUGCUUCCAAGAAACGAAAAAGAUUGCUGUAACACAUGUACCCGAAGAUGCGUGUGUAUAACCCUGACAGUUCUGCUCGUGCUGAUGGUUAUUGCUGCUGCCAUUGCAUGCACAGUGACACUUGCCCUCCCGUCACGUACACCAGAGAGUCGCCUAUGUACAACAGGUAAUUAUACCGGAUUUCUAUGUGAUGACAGAAUCACCUGCCUAUUGCCAUCACAAGUCUGUGAUUCGAGCAAUGACUGCGGAACUGGAGAAGAUGAAACUACAUCCUUAUGCAGUAACCUCCCGGAUAGCCUGCCUGGAUAUCUAAUCUUUCGCUGUGGAAACCCAUCAGUCUGGAUCUACAGCAAUUACAAGUGCAAUGGGAUCAAUAAUUGUGGGGACUGCUCGGAUGAAUCGAUGACAUUUGCCUCCUGCCCUUCAUGUGGCUCUGACUGGUGGACGUGCAUUCCUGUUCUCUACCAAUAUUGCAACUGCAUCCCCCAGAGCCUGUGUAAGAAUGGCGUCCAGGACUGUACAAACUGGUCUGACGAGUAUGUGUGCUCCUAAUGACAUCAAUAAUGUGUAUUUACCAUGCACCAUAUAAAUGUAAAUUGAUGAUUUGCAUGUUUAAUGCAAAUUAUUAGGGCAUCCCUCAUGGCAGUUCUCUGCCACUUGCUCCAAGCAAAGCCUAAUAAAAACUGCUCCGGCAGUUGCCCCAAGAUCA